AUGGACCUCGCAGGUACCGCCGUCGGCAUCAUAUCGCUCGGUUUACAAGUAUGCCAGGGGAUCGUCUCUUACAGCCAGACAUGGCGGGGCUACGACGAGGAGGUUCAAAACACGAGGAACAAAGCAGAAGCUCUUCGCAUGCUAUUGAAGAACUUACGUGACACGAUAGAGGAAUUACAACAGACACGACCAAAAGUUGCUGCCGAUCUCGAAGAGAAAGCUAUAAAAAUGCAUAGUUCGAUCGAAAAACUCAGGAAAAUAGUAGGCCGGUUCAAGCCUGCACAGUCAGAGGCGUUCCCGGACAAAGUCCGUGCUCAACUGAAGAAGGGCGUGUAUUACUUUCAGAAAGAUGGUUUACAAGACAUGCAGAAUCAUUUGGAUCAGAUUCAAAAUGUUCUGCAGACAUCACUGCUGAUGUGGGUAUAG